AAGGAGCUGACAGGAGUAGUAGUCCUUGCUCUCAGUCAGUGCAAGGAGAGUCCUGUGGAUCUCUCACAACCUCUCACUACACACUGUGUCGCUCUGCUAAACCUGCCCGUGACUCUGCUGAAUACCUAUAAACACCUCCCCAACCUAUCCGUACGCACUUAGAAGCAGAAACACCGGGAACCUUCACGCCACAGAGUCCGAGCCUGUCUUCUCCUGCCAGCACACAGCCAUGGGCACCCCAUCUCCCCAGACUGAACCUCAGCUCCAAAAACGUCAGGCUAACGGAAGUCAGAACCAAAAUGUCUCCGCAUAAAGAACUGGGGGAAACCAGAGCCUGUCCUUACGACAUGCUGCACAUGCAGGCCGAGCAGGAUGUGCCCUGCACAAAGGCUCGGUGCCUGGGCUCUGUCAUGUCACCCCAGAUGACCUGUCCUCAACCACAUGGACCUAUAUCCACAGAGGAACUUCUUGCCAAGGCCAUGGUGUUUAAUCAAAGCUACUUCACCUCCAUCAAAAGAGCCCAGUCUAAAGCUCACUUGGAGCGGAUGAAGGAGGUGGAGCAGGAGAUUCUGACCACAGGAACCUACCAACUCAAGGAGACGGAGCUGAUCUUUGGGGCCAAGCAGGGGUGGAGGAAUGCCGCCCGAUGUGUGGGCAGGAUACAGUGUCGAAGCUUCAGGUGUUUGACGCCAGAGGACUGCAGGUCAUCCCAUGAGAUGUUCACCCACGUUCUCAACCAUAUCAAAUCCGCCACUAACAAAGGCAAUAUCAGGUCAGCUAUUACCAUCUUCCCUCAGAGAAAAGAUGGGGCGACUGAUUUCAGGAUCUGGAACAGCCAGCUUAUCCGCUAUGCGGGAUACAGACAAGCGGAUGACACUGUGGUGGGAGAUCCAUCCAAUGUGGAGUUGACAGAUCUAUGUGUCCAGCUGGGCUGGAAACCAAGAGGUGGCCGAUUCGAUGUGUUGCCUCUUCUCUUACAAGCCAACGGAGAUGAUCCAAAAGUCUUUGAAAUUCCACCUGAACUUGUCUUAGAGGUGCCCAUCAGACACCCAAACUAUGAGUGGUUUGCAGAUUUGGGAUUAAAGUGGUACGCAUUGCCUGCCGUCAGCAGCUUGCUCCUGGAGAUCGGAGGGUUGGAGUUCCCAGCGGUGCCAUUUAAUGGCUGGUACAUGAACACCGAGAUUGGGAUGAGGAACCUAUGUGACACUUAUCGAUAUAAUAUAUGUGAGGAUGUGGCCAAGAGGCUCGGUUUGGACACCAAAAAAACCUCAUCCCUGUGGAAGGACAGGGCUGCUCUGGAGGUUAACAUCGCGGUUCUAUAUAGCUACCAGGCUGAUAAGGUCACCAUGGUGGACCACCAUUCAGCCACAGAGUCUUUCAUGAAACACUUGGAACAUGAGACCCGCUUACGAGGAGGUUGCCCAGCAGACUGGGUCUGGAUUGUGCCACCGAUGUCUGGCAGUCUGACUCCUGUAUUCCAUCAAGAGAUGGUCAACUACCACCUUUCUCCUUCCUACCUCUACCAGCCGGACCCCUGGAAAUACCACAUCUGGAAGGGAUCUCAGAGCACCAUCACUCGGAAGAGAACCUUUAAGGAAGUGGCAAAUGCAGUGAAGUUUUCUGCUAAACUGAUGGGACAAGCCAUGGCUCGGAGGGUAAAGGCCACCAUUCUCUACGCCACCGAGACUGGUCGCUCAGAAACCUAUGCUCAGAACCUCUGCAACAUCUUCUCAUAUGCCUUCGAUCCCAAGGUGAUCUGUAUGGAUCAAUAUGAUACGGUCAACCUGGAGCACGAGACCCUCGUUCUGGUAGUGACAAGUACAUUUGGUAAUGGUGACCCACCAGAGAACGGUGAGGCAUUUUCCCGGGAGCUCAUGGAGAUGACCUCACCUCAUGUAGCUGCCCUCCAGCCGGAGCAACAGAAAAGCUACAAGACGCGUUUUAACAGUGUGUCCCAGACGGAUCAACUCGUUGCAACCUGGAAGAACAAACGCAAAGAGUCUAGUAACACUGACAGCGCGGGGCCCCUGGGGACGCUCAGGUUCUCCGUGUUCGGCCUGGGUUCUCGAGCCUACCCCCAUUUCUGUGCCUUUGGACAUGCAGUGGACACCCGACUGGAGGAGCUGGGUGGAGAGCGUAUCUUGCAGAUGGGGGAGGGUGAUGACCUCUGUGGACAAGAGGACUCCUUCCGUGCCUGGGCCAAGGCAGUGUUCAAGGCCGCCUGUGACACAUUCUGCGUUGGCGAUGAGAACAACUUGAAUGUCCCUGACUUUUUCGAAGCAAAGGGCAGCUGGCAGAGGUCCAAGUACCGCUUGUCCAUCCAGGCCUCCUCUCCGGACCUGGUUACCGGUCUUUGUCAGGUGCACAGAAGGAAGGUCUAUGAGACGACAUUCAUUUCAAAGGAGAAUUUACAGAAUGAGAAGUCCGGCCGUUCAACCAUCUUGGUCAAGCUAAACACAGAGGGCCAGAGUGAACUAAAAUAUUCUCCUGGAGACCACCUGGGUGUGUUCCCAUGUAACCGAGAGGAACUGGUGCUGGCUUUGCUGGAACGUGUGGAAGAUCCUCCAGCCUCUAAUGACACUGUACAAGUGCAAAUCAUGGCCAAAGACUUGGGCCAAAGCCUGGUCAGCAGUAGUAACAAUAACUGGGUCUCUGAGACCAGAAUACCACCUUGUACACUGCAUCAAGCACUGACUAAUUAUCUGGACAUUACUACGCCCCCGACACCCCAGUUCCUGCAGCUGCUUAGCGUCCUAUGCGAGGAUCCGGAUGAACGACAGAAGUUGGAGACCCUGAGCCAGGAUGCCCGUCAGUACGAAGAGUGGAAGUGGUACCGGUGCCCGACUAUAGUGGAGGUGCUGGACGAAUUCCGGUCCAUCAGUGUCCCCAGCUCACUUCUGCUCACACAGCUUCCACUCCUCCAGCCACGAUAUUACUCCAUCAGCUCCUCCUUGGAGGCCUACCCCGACCAGAUCCACCUGACGGUGGCUUUGGUGUCGUAUCACACGCAGGAAAACAAAGGUCCUCUUCAUUACGGCGUUUGCUCAACAUGGCUGGACCAGCUGACCCCUGGAUCACACGUGCCUUGUUUUGUGAGAGGGGCUCCUACCUUCAAUCUACCGUCUGAUAUUUCGGCGCCCUGUAUUCUGGUGGGGCCGGGGACCGGUAUUGCGCCCUUCAGGGGCUUCUGGCAGCAGAGACUUUAUGACAUUGAAAAUAAAGGUCUAAAUCCUGGUGAAAUGACUUUGCUAUUUGGAUGCAGAUGUGCAGAACUUGACCAUAUACAUAAGGAGGAAACGAUCGAUGCCCAGAAGAGGGGCGCCCUCAGCCAGAUCUACACAGCCUUCUCACGCCAGCCAGACCACCCAAAGACCUAUGUACAGGACAUCCUGCGUACUCAGCUGGCGAGUCACGUAUAUGAGGUGCUGCGUCACAACAACGGACACAUGUACAUAUGUGGGGACGUGACCAUGGCCACCGACGUCCUGCAGACAGUUCAGCUCAUUCUCGUGUCUCAGGGGGAUAUGAGCAUUGUUGAAGCUGGAGACUACAUUGGGGAGCUGAGGGACCAGAACCGAUACCACGAGGACAUUUUCGGCAUCACGCUGAGGACGCAGGAGGUGACGUCUCGUGUGCGCGUGCAGUCCAUGUCCCUGCAGGAGAAGUGAGGGACGUGAUGGCCGCACAUAAGACGUGUUCACACUGGGAGAU